AUGGAAAACGCUUUAAAUGUAAUGCAUAAUACACGUAAUUUUGCUAUAAAAGAUGUAAUCGAUAUUUGGUCAACGGAAGUACAUUGUCCUGUACAGAACGUGACACGAAAUUAUUUCAUUAACUCAACAUUAAUAUCGUAUAUUAAUUAUAAACAUACAUUACUCGUUGACAUAAAACAAUAUCAAAUAUAUGUGACAUAUACGAAGAAAUCAAACAUAAACUUUGAGACAUCAGAUACCAAAACUUGCUAUUGGCUAUCUUCAUUUACCCCAAACAUACGUAUAAGCGAUAUUGGCAAUAAUGACUGGAUUAUACUCAAUUUACAACAAGCUGGAUAUUAUCGCGUUAAUUAUGAUUUCGAAAACUGGAACAAAAUUGCGGUUUAUAUGCGGGAAAAUUAUAACAGUAUACAUGUUCUGAAUCGAGCCCAAAUCAUCGAUGACGCGUUUUAUUUUUUGAGGCAAGGACAAUUGAAUUUCCAUUUGUUUUGUAAUAUUACGAGCUUUCUUUUGGAAGAUACGGACUAUGUGGUAUGGUAUCCUAUGAUUAAAGCUAUUGAACACAUGACAUGUACCUGGGAAAUUCAAAAUAAUGGAAGUACUGGAAAGAACACAAUUAAAUUCAUGUUGUAUAUACUUUUGGAAAAAGUAAGAUACGAAGACCAUUCCGCAGAUAGUGAUUUUACCAGAUUUCUAAGAGAAGAAGCGAUAAAUUGGGCAUGUAUUUUCGAUGUUCCUGAAUGUAGAGAAAGAGUCACUUCUCAAUUAGAAAAACAUCUUGAAAGUUCUGUACAAGACAAAUUUUUCAAAUGGAAAGAAUGGAUAUACUGUAAAGGCUUAAUGACAGCUAAUAACAGUACUUGGUAUGAAGCAAGUUGA